UGUCAAACCAACAUGGCGGGACUUAACACUUUAACUGACGACUUGGAAGCACAGUUAACGUGUGCUAUUUGUAACGAUAUCUUUACUGAUCCAAGGACACUACAAUGUCUACAUACUUUCUGCUUUAAAUGCAUCAAAAGUUGGAACGAAGCUUGUCACAAAGAAAUGAAGAGGCUAAGAUGUCCAACUUGUAGAGCAGUAGUCAAGAUCGAAGAAGACGACAUCUCGAAGCUUCCUUCUUCGUUUACGUACAACUCGCUGCUUCAGCUUUUCAACGUCAUGAAGACCAAGACUGACGAACACAACCAACAGCAGCUUCCANAGUGUGUAAGUUGCAACAAACGAWGCGUAUUGGUUGGAUUUUGUGCUCAAUGUGAAGGAAUGAUUUGUAAUGAAUGCAUCAACCAACACAAAACAGUAAAGCCAUUGAUCAAAACCCAUCAAGCAACGCUAUGGAGUGAAUUCAAGACACAAAAUGUCAACAGCUACAUCAACAAUCAAGCCAUUUGCAAUGAGAAAUUUCACGAGAAAUGCCGUCUCGAUUACUACUGCAUAACGUGCAGGAAGUGUAUUUGUCAAAAAUGUGGUACCACAUCACACGGCAGCCAUGACAGGGUCACCAUCGAGGAGGCAGCUGAAGAUGCUAAAAACCUUAUCAGAAAAGAAAAGGAUCAACUCAACGAGCUGCUCAUCAGUUACAAGAAAGAGUUUGAUCUGUCCAUUGAAAAUAUGAUAAGGAUUCAAAGCGAGGUUGACACAGCAAAGGCAAAAGUACAAAAUGACAUACAAGCUAUGAUGAAGAUUCUACAAGACCGCCAAAACGCUUUGAUUGCUACCUUGGACGGCCUCCUUGCAGAACAAACAACAGCAAAUGAAGAUGAGAAAAAGCAGAUCAACGCCAACAUUCAACAAGUCACUGAACUGAAAUAUCAGUGUGAAACAAUGGAAGAGAAAAACUUAGAAAAAUUCAUUUUGGAAAGCUACGAAAAUUUACUAGAAAUUUGUAAAGCUACAGCGCAGAACAAGUCUGUCUUAUCGACCAAACCGGUGAAGCGAAACUUAACCACAUGUUAUAUUCAAAACCCGGAAGUCAUCCCCUUGAUGCGAAAUUUGAAACUCGGGGAGGUAGUGGAAACCGUGACAGAUCCGUCCCGUUGUUCUAUCGAAUCUCUAAGUGAGGUCAGAUGUGGUUUUAUCAAUGAAUUUGCGAUUGUGACAAGAAAUUCACAAGGGGAUAUAUGCCAUACCAGGGAAGAUAUAAUUGAUGUACAAAUCCAAGAUGUUGAUGGCAAUGAUGUUGAGAAAGAAGUGAUGGAAACUGAAACUGGAAGAAUUGCAGUGAAGUACAAAGCAGAUAAACCUUCACUUUACAAAGUUGCGGUGAGUAUUGGAGGAAAACAAAUAACAAACUCACCACGGAACAUUGAGACAAUUGAUGCCCAAGCAGAAUUUAAACCCUUGAAGAUAAUUGAUGUCGAAGAGAGAAUGUCCAAUCCCAGUAUUGCACUUGAUGUAAGUGACAGUGGCGACAUUGCUGUGGUUAAUAAUGAUUUUAUCAAGGAUUUCCGUGUUGUGUUGUUCAAUGCUGAUGGAGAGUAUUUGCGAGACAUUGGUGGUGCAGGAUCAGGAGAUGGUCAGCUGAGAGGUCCAUUGGGAGUCAUCUUCAAUGAGGACAAAAUAGUCAUCACCGAUAAUCUAGGUGAUUGUGGCUGUAUCAAGGAAUUUGACAUCGAUGCGGGUAACUACAGAAGAACUCUUAUCAAACUACCUGAAAGAAUAGUAUUAAGAAUGUGUACAGCCAAUCAAACGAUCGCGUGUUUGUGUUACAAUUACAGUACUAAAGAGACAUUUAUAAAGUGCUUUGAUAAGCACAGUUAUGAUCACCUUCAUGACAUCAAACUGGAUGUUCCUGACGAUGGUCAUGGGUCACCUUUCUCAUUAGUUUAUGACAACAAUAAGUACUUUGUAUCGUUUCUUCAUGUGCCCAUUGUUUAUGUUUUUGACGAGAAUGGUGUUCUACUGUACACGUUUGGAAUGAAAGGCAACAAACAAGGUCACUUUGAUUUUGUACGUGGACUUGCUGUGUUUGGUAAAGAAAUGCUUCUUGUCUGUGAUCUAAAUAGCCACCGCGUGCAAGUCUUCAGUCAAGACGGUCAGUUCAUAAGUUCUUUAGGUAGCUAUGGUUCAGGCCUUGGUCAAAUAAAUGGUCCGUAUGACGUUGCUGUUGCACCAGAUGGUCGAGUAUUUGUGCUUGAAGGGUUCGGCAAACGAGUGCAGGUGUGGAGAUGAGAUCUGUUGACUGCCUUCCUAGCGAUGUACCCAUAAAAACAAAUAAUGCUACCUGUUGCACACCAAAUAUGUACAAUUGUAGUCAUAGAGAACAUGUCCUUAAUCAGCUAUACUCAGUCCGUAGCAGCAGACCGUUUGUUUCUAUUGUAUUUUAGAAGGAAUAAAAUUACAGGUAAAACAAAAAUGCUACAGUCUAAUUGACAGUAUGAGAAUCAUAUCUAUAUAUUGAAAAUUGCUGUAGUUUAGAACCAUUUUAUUUUCUUCGAAUUUUUCACUCAAAAUCCUAGAUCAUGAUACUCCGUACAGAAAUUCACAAUUUAGACAAACAGAAAUUAGAAAAUUUUGAUGUUAUAAAAUAAAAGAAUUUGAGUCAACUGUUUGAAUCAUCAAUCGCACGUCAUGUGUCGCUAUCAUUGUGUUGGACCACAAGAAACUGGAUGGACCUUAGGCCCCGUCCACACUACUAAAGCGUUUUCGUUUGUAUCCGUUUUCAAUAAGUGUGAAAACGUAUAGAUUGAACUGCGUCCACACUAGCGUAUUCAAGCGUAUCAGUGUGGACAGUUGAAAACACAAAUACGGUCAUAUCGAUCAAAUUACAUGUCUUCUGCGAUAAAGAAAACUCAAUAAAACAAGAAA